AUGGCCGCCCAAAAAGAAAACGAUGGCUUACACAAGGCCGGGUCGGAUAAGCGCAGGCUCAUCAGACAGCAUGUCAUGGUGGGCAAAAACCGCGGCAAGACCCGAAAACCGAAUACAAAGACACCGCGCCGGGAUCUAGGAUCUUCCAGGCUUGAUUCAGAUGAGCCAUCGGCUCUUGUGCUUAAAAUGCGCUAUCCAUCAAUACCCAACAAGGUUGGCAAUGAGCUUUCCUUUUCCAGAUUUGCCGCACCGAUCGAACCAGCAUUGUUACAAGAGAUGUUGAGGUUCUGCUUCAUGGCAAAAAGAAUUAUGUAUCCCCUGGCAGACCACAUCGACUUUCACAAGAACGAUAAGAUUGACACUUUAUGGUUCGACCUCUUGACAUAUGACGUGGCAUACUUGCAUUCCGUCGUUUUUCUCUGUCAGUCCUACUCGUCCCUUGUAUCAGGCAUCCAAACCUCAUCUUCCGCAUGCCGAGGGAUGGUACAUUACUCUGAGGCUCUUCGGCUACUCCGCGAGAGAAUCUCGGGCCAAAGUGAAGAACGAGAAACAUGGAACUCUACGAUUCUCGUGGUUCUUUACUUGGCCACGCAUGCUCAUCUCGUGGGCGACAUUUCCUCGGCCAAGCAUCAUCUUCAAGGCUUGCGGAAAAUGGCCGAUUUGAAGGGCGGAAUAUACGCAUUCAGGUACAACCCAAAGCUUAUCAUUGAAUUAAUGAAAUGCGAUCUAGCAAUGGCUAUCAACUACGGAAUGGAAACCGUCUUCUUUGAAGACCCAUCACUGGAGCCCCUGAUACCCUAUGAUCUAACACCGCCGAUCACAGAGACGUCACCAGGGGUAGGAGCUUCACCGCAGCCGGUCGCGUCAAGCAUCUGCUGCACAGACCUACAACAAGCCUGGACGGCGAUGAUAAGAUUUUGCUCGGCGAUCAAUUAUGCAACAAAGCGCGGGCUUCGACUUCCCAAGGAAGUACUUUUAACAAAUAUGGGAUCUGUGAUGUAUCGGGUGGUUUGCAUCAAGUACGAACUUAAUCCUGUCGAUGAAACUAUCCGCCUUGGGCUACUUGCUUUCUCUUCGCACGUCUUCUUACGUGUGCGAAAUAUACCGUCUCCACACACAUACCUUCCGAAUAUUUAUCGGGAUCGUCUUCUCAGUCUCCCGCCUGGGCAGAUCCCAUUGCUCAGCCUUGUUUGGCUUCUUAUGGUAGGCGGCAUUUCUCUCUUCACCCCGGCUGAUGAUCACUGGCUAUUACCUUGGUUGAGAGUUUGCCUUACGGCAUUAGAGGCAAAUAAUUGGGAUGAACUUCAAGACAAACUGAAAGGGUUGUUAUGGAUAGACGCCUUGCAUAACAAGCCUGGAAAAACCAUUUUCGACACCGUGUACCGGGUCUCUGGGCCCAGAGACUUUGAUUCUAGGCUAUGA